UGAGGAAUCAUUUACUCCCAACAUAGCGUCCUCUAUAUUAUACAAGUAUAAAUCUGUACCUGGGUUUUGUGUACUCUGUGACUGGUCUACCGACCAGCCUAUGGAACAGCUGAUUUAUCAUCUAGAAUAUGAGCACGCCUUAACGUUGGACAGUAUAGAGGAAGAGGAUAUAGUAAAAUAUCUAGAGGAGGUCGGAUAUAUUCGCUUACUUGGCUCAGAUAGAUUGAAUCCUACAGAACAGGAUUCUGAUUUAACUUCGUUAAAUGAGGAGAAUACAAUUCAAGAGAACCUGAUCAAGGACAAUUUAGCACCGGAGGAUGUUAAGCAGGACAGUGUAAGUUCGGAGAAGUUCAACCAGGACAAAUUAGUUCCGGAGGAUAUUAACCAGGACAGUGUCAAUCUGGAGAAGUUCAACCAGGACAAUUUAGACCCGGAGAAUAUUAGCCGUAACAGUUUCAGUCCGGAGAAGUUCAACCAGGACAAUUUGGCUCCGGAAGAUAUUAACAAGGACAAUGUCAUCCCAAAGAAUUAUAAUCAGGAGAAUUUAGAUCCCGAGAAUAUUAGCCAGGACAGUAUCAUCACUGAAAAGUACAACCUGGACAACUUAGUUCCGGAGGAUAUUAGCCAGAACAGUAUAAUCCCGGAGGAGUACAACCAGGACAGUUUAGUUCCGGAUGAUCUUAGCCAGGACAAUAUUAUGCCGGAGAAAUUCAACCAGGACUGUAUCAUCCCGGAGAAUUAUAAUCAGGAUAGUACUAUCCCGGAAAAGUCACACCCGGAGAAUAAUAACCUGAACAGUACCGUGCCGGAGAAUGUCAACCAGAGCAGUAAAAUCCCGGAGAAGAUUAACGAAGACAGUAAUAUUCAAGAAAAUCCUGAAAAUAUUCCAGAGAAAGCGCUCACAGAGAACACAGUUCGUCCACAAGAAACUAUCCUGGUAAAUCCGGAGAAGGACGAUUUUAUCUCCUAUGAGAAAAGCUUAGUUAAUUUUACUCCAAAACAAAUCUAUCCGGAGAAACAGAACCAAGACCAGCUCAAAGAUAAAAUUUUCUGCAGCGAAACCAUCCAGGACGAUGUCGUCUCUGAAAUAGAGAGUCGAGAGAACCUUCAACUUGAACCUGCUCCCUCGAAACCAAUCCAAGAAAUAACUGAGGAUAUAACUGUAGAUGGAACCCUUCCGGAAAAAUUAAAUCUUUAUUCUGAAUCUAUCCUCGUGAAACCAAUCCAGAAGGAUAUCUCUGACCAAGAUAGCAAUGAUAAUGUUGUAAAUGAAACCCUCCCGGAGAAACUGAACCAUUACAACAAAGUCACAGAGAAGCAGAAAACUGUGACUGAAGGAGACGAGAAGGAAAAUGUGAAUCCUACAAAUUAAACCAAAGGCAUCUAUCUAUAGAUCCUAGAUCUGUAAAAGUCAACUAAAUUACUAUUUUGAGAUUUUAAAAAAUCUUUUUUUAUAUUAAAGAGGCAGG